GGCAGAUUAAAACUAGAGACACUCAAAGUAGGUAUUGCUGAUCUACAAGAAACUGUUUCUUUUUUCACAGUUUUCAUAAACUGAAUAACAUAGCAUGUCUGAUCAAAUUCAAAACAUAUAUAAAGAAUGUUUACCUCUUAAGCCUUCAUUGUUUUACUUUAAUGAUUUGUGGAUGACACUUUUGUGAUCGUCAGGGAGGAUAUUUUGCUACUUUCACAGCGGCAAAAAAAGAUUCCAAAAAAGGGAAAGGGGUACAGGUUGAUGGAAAACUACACCUACAACAGCUUUACACUUCAGCUGGAGGGGUUAAAUGUUUCAGAGGAUUCUAUCUACCCUGUCUUUCUCUUCCUCUUUUUCUCUUACCUGUUUAUAAUGGUUGCAAAUGUGGGAAUUGCUCUUCUGAUUUUCACUGACAAAAGCCUUCACCAGCCCAUGUAUCUCCUUUUUUGCAACCUGCCCUUUAAUGACAUCCUUGGAAACUCUAUCAUGGUGCCCCGUUUGCUUUCAGAUAUCUUGCUGCCUCCCUCUGAGCGCCUCAUCAGUUAUUAUGAGUGUGUGGUCCAGGCUUUCACCACACACAUGUUUGGUACCACCACUCACACAGUGCUCAUGAUUAUGGCCUUUGACAGAUAUGUGGCCAUCUGCAAUCCCCUACGCUAUGCUGCCAUAAUGACCAACAAGAUGGUAAUCAAGCUGACAGUUUCUGCCUGGGGAGUGGCCUUUGUUUUGGUUGGGAUUCUUCUCGGUCUGACCAUACGGCUGAACCGAUGCAGGACUCUGAUUACAAAUCCUUACUGUGACAAUGCCUCACUGUUUAAGCUCUCCUGUGAGAGUGUGUUUAUUAAUAACGUCUAUGGCCUCACUUUCACUGUAGUCCUGUUCACAGCUUCUAUAGGCACCAUGGUUCUGACCUACACUAAAAUCACAGUAGUUUGUCUGACCAAUAAGAGAAAGUCAUUGAACAGUAAAGCCUUGAGAACAUGCAGCACUCACCUGGUUGUGUAUUUGAUCAUGGUAUUCAAUGGAAUGUCUAACAUUACUCUUCAUCGCUUUCCCCAGUACUCAGACUACAGGAAACUCUGUAGCAUUUUGUUUCAUAUCAUCCCUGGCAGCCUCAACCCCAUUAUUUAUGGGGUUCAGUCUAAAGAGAUAAGGAACUUCUUGUCAAAGUUUUUUAAGACCAAGAAAGUUUUGCCAUCAUUAGAAAGUUAGUUUCCAAGGUUCUUUUUGUAAAAUUAUCAAUACAAAUAGCAUAAAAUGUGUACCAGGAGUGCCUUAUUCCAUCGUCUUGUGUUUCUCUCUUGUAAGUAAGUGUAAUGUAGACACUGAUUAUGGCCAUUCUAUGAUUACAGUUGAUUAAUAUCAAGGUAAUAAGGGUUAAUAUAUUGUAACAUGGUAGAAUAAUACCAUGGUAAUUACAAAUAUGAUAACCUGGUAAUAUCUUGGCAUUAAGAAUAUUGGUAAUGUUUGGGUGUAAUUUUUGUAAUACUGUAAUAAUAAUGGGGCAGAACAUCUCAGUAAUGACACAUCUACACUGGGUAACAAAAGGCUAAUCAGCUCAUAAAAAUCAUGUUAUUAAAGAGUAGUAUUCUGUCAAUAAUAAUGAGGAGAUAUCGGUGUAUAAACUUUGCUAUUAGAGAGUAGCAGUGGGCUGAAAUCGUGAUGCAAAUUAGGUCAAUAAAUGAACAAUAUGCUGUA